AUGUUAUUUGAUAUAUCUCGUACUCUAGCUCGACAAGGUUUGGCAUAUAGAGGAGACGGAGAUGAACAAAAUAGUAAUUUUAAUCAAAUUGUUUUGCUAUUAUCUCGGCAUUCACCGGUGAUGAAAAGAUGGUUGGAGGAAAAAUCGUUUCGAAAUCAUAAAACCACAUACCUUAGUCAUGAUUCUCAAAACGAAUUUAUUAAGUUGUUAGCUGAUGAUGUAAAGAAAAAAAUUAUAAAAGAUGUCACACAUGCUGGUAUAUACUCUGUUAUGGCAGAUACUACCCCGGAUAUUUCACGAAAUGAUCAAUUGUCAGUUUGUGUACGUUACAUAGAUUCAUUAGGGGAUGUAUCAGAAAGGCUAUUAGAUGUAUGCCAGGCAAAAGAUAAAACUGGAUUAGGUGUUGCGGAAAAAAUUUAUGAAGUUUUGGUUGAAAAUAGUUUACCUGUAGAUAAUAUUGCUUUUCAAUCUUAUGAUUAUGCUAGUAGUAUGUCAGGUAGAAUAAAUGGAACACAACAAAAAUUAUCAGAACUAGCUGGCCAUAUGAUUCCUUUCAUACCAUGCCAAGCUCAUAGAUUAAACACCUUUCUUGAGCAUAGUUGUGAUGCUAGUAUUUUAAUAUGUGAUCUUUUUUCUACACUUGAAAAUCUAUACGUUUUUUUCUCGGCUAGCACUAAAAGACACAUUCACCUUAAGUCAAAAUUAGCCACCAUAGAAAAUUCAUUACAACUCCGUAAUCUUUCAAAAACUAGAUGGACAGCGCGUGCGGAAUCUAUAAAAGCUGUGUGGGUUUCAUUUGAAAUAAUAAUUGAAACUUUACAGGAGAUAAUUAAUUUGCAAAACAUGGACAAAAAUACACGAAAUCAAGCACUAGGACUUGUAAAAAAACUUCUUUCAUUUGACUUCGUUGUUUCCUUAUUUUUCAUGAAAAAUAUAAUGUAUAAGACCAAAAUAUUAACGGAAAAACUUGAAGCUACUGAAUUGAACAUACUUGAUGCUUUAAUGUUGAUUGAUUAUUCAAUAAGUAGCUUAAAUGAAAUGAACAGCGAUGAUACAGCAACGAACAACCUAGUAAGCAGUGCAAUAACAUUUUCUGAACAGUUAGGUAUUGAUCCAGUGUCAGAUUUUAAUCGCCAUCAUCGGAAAAGACUUUUGCCAAAAAGAAUUGACCAAAAUCCAAACACACAGUGUUCGAUUGAUUUACCUACUUUUUAUCGAGUAGAAUUUAAAAAAGUUCUAAAUACUUUGAUUAUUUUAUUGAAUGAACAUCUAAAAAAAUCUUUGGUGACAUUUGAACCAAUGAUUACUUUGUUUAAAAUGCCAUGGAAACAAAUUUGUUCAACAGAAAAUGUAAAAAAAAGUAAUCGAACUAUUUCCACCGGGAUGCAAAGAUUUUAA